AUUCAUAUUCAGCCAGACAUCCUUUUCACAGAUAGGAGCCAAACUGAUCAGCGGGCAGCACCUCUAGCACUGCAAUGGAGCGUCCACAGAGGAUGACACAUAAUGGGCCGAAAAUAACAUUUAUAUCAAAGUUUACUGAAGUUUUCUUUGACAGCGACGGAUAUUUUCACUCAAGCUAUCAAAUAUUUGGACAAGGUGGAGAUGGAUCUAACCGACGAGCUAUUGUGUGCCUGGGACUGCUGAAUGUUGUUUUGCUGAUAGCUGCUGUUGCUCUUGGAAUUAACUGUUCCAAAGUCAAAGAGGGAUCCCUCCAUGUUUCCCACCCGGCUGCAACACAACUCAUCAAUGAGCUGAACUAUCUCCGCAGCAACAACAGCGAUGCGAUGAAGGCCCAAGAGGAGGCCAAGCAGGCGUUACAGAAGGCGCUCAAAAAUCAUGCACAGCUAAAGGUGCAAAUUGAGCAGCAGAAGACCAUCAAUGAUGGCUAUCACAGACAGGUGGAGGUACUGCGAGCAGAGAAGGCAAAUCUGCAGGCUAACAUAUCAGCUUUGGAGGGAACCUGUGGCAGAUGCCUCGCUGGAUGGAGUAUUCUCAACUCAACCUGCUAUUUCUUUUCUUAUACUGAAUCCUCUUCUGUCAAAAAGAACUGGUUCGACAGCAGAGCAGACUGCAUUAGUCGUGACGCCAACCUGGUUGUGAUUGAUAACCCGGAGGAGCAGAGAUUUCUGAGUGACUCCAUCAAAAAUAAGAAAACCAGUUCCAAGUGGUGGGAGAAUGGAUUCUGGAUCGGUAUCACUGACAUGGAGACAGAGGGCACGUGGGUCUGGAUUAAUAAUGUCACUGAGGUGGAAAACAGGUACUGGAUGGAUGGAGAACCAAACAACCUAGGACACCAUGGAGAGAACUGCGGGGUUGCAGUUUACAGCCCCACCAAUCCCUGGAAGACCUGGUUUGAUGGAUUUUGCAGUGUGCCUCUACACUGGAUAUGUGAAAUGCCGUCAAAAUAAACUCUGUAUACACCCCUUACUGCUCAAGCAGAAAACAUAAGCAUAUGUUUGGAACGGUCUUUAAAAAAAUAUCUUAAAGAUGUGUAUUAUGUUUCUGGGCAUUUCUCACCUGAAUUUAUUCCAACUGAAAUAUCUGGUUUUAUCAGAUCAGAAAUGUAUUCAUUGCUUUUUAAACCAACAUCAGGACUUAAAAAUAAAAUAAAGAAAUAAACUCUACAACAGACAGGAUGCCAGUGUAAAGAUCUGACAACUGAGAGUGAUAUGAUCCACUGUCUUGUUCUUAGUGAGGCCUGAAUCAGCUGUAACUGCCAAAUCAAUGUUUUGUUUUUUUUUAGAUAAACUUAUAAACACAC